AUGAGCCAGCCACUGCCCGAGCCAGAACCGCAGUACCCUUGCGAGCCCGACUACCCCCCGUGUGACCCCUGCGCCCCCGUGCCGCCAUGCGACCCCUGCCCGGAGCCAUGCGACCCCUGCCCGGAAGAAGGCGGCGUCGUCCAGAUAGGACCCUGCAACCCGUGCGAGCCUCCUGUCAACUAUGUGUACGGACAAGCGCCAGCAGGCUCAAUCCUCAUCAGGCCUGGGCAAGUCCGCUUCAGGACUCCGCAGCCAAUCGUCGUCCGCCCAGGGCCCAUACGUUUGCCAGCUCCGGCGGCGAUCUGGGUGAAGCCAGCGCCAGUUCAACCGGACACGCCUGCCCCUAUCUGCGUCAAGCCACCCCCGGUUCAACCACCGACCCCAGCACCCAUCGAAGUCAGGCCAAAACCAGUGUACCCACCGAGACCCGCUCCUAUCCUCGUCAGACCGGCACCCGUCCAGCCACCUAAGCCCUCCCCAAUUAAAGUACAACCAGAACCGGUGCAGCCACCCAACCCAGAUCUGCUCGUGGUGAGGCCACCAAGGAUCGUGGUGCCCAGCCCCCCAGUGAUCUGCUUCCAGCCCAACCCACCGUCGAGCUUCAAGACCCUGGGCUGCGCAUUGGUCUCGCUUUACCAACCGUGCCCUGACCCAUGCCCACCGCCACCUUGCCCCCCUUGUCUGUCUCCCUGCCUACCCUGCCUCCCCCCUUGCCUACCCUGCCUCCCCCCUUGCCUGCCACCAUGCGCU